AUGGAGCACCUCCUCAACUACAAUGACAACUUCUACUAUCUUCUGCAGGACUCUGUGGAGGGCAGCAGCCCCCUCCCUGAGCAGGGGGCAGCAGCGCAAAGGGAUGUUAAAAUCUCUGAAGGAGCUCUAAGCCUGGACAGCAGUGAGAACCAACAGGACAACCAGAGCCUGGGAGGCUACGAGAGCCCUUCUAACAACCCGGGUCCUGAACGUGACCAGAGCACCCAGGAGCCCAUAGAGCUGCGCCCAGAAGAGCUAGCCCUUGAGCUCGCUGAGGUUCCAAGGCGCCGUCUCAGGAGGCGCCAAAUCGACUUCCACUUCACACAUUGGCAGGUGCAGGAAAUGGAGACGGUUUUCCGGGAAACCCAGUACCCGGAUGUGCUCACAAGGAGGGUGCUUGCCAGAAACAUGAAUGUGCCUGAAGUCAAAGUGAAGAAUUGGUUUAACAACAGGCGAGCCAAACAGAGGGCAAGGGAGAAGAAAGCAAUGCUCAGGAGGGCACCGCCUGGGAUCCAGGAGCACAUUUGCAUGAUGGACCCUGAGGAAGCCUAG